CCACUGAGAUUAAAUUAGUCCUUUGAAAGUUUAAAGUGCCAGGAAUGAAUUUGCAUAAGAGCAAACUCGCAUAUGCAAAAGUUUGCAUUUAAUAACUUUUUUCCAUUCAUCGAUCUCAUUGAGGAAAAUUCCCGUGAAUGAAACAUACGUAUUUACAGAGAUGACUGUAAUUAAAAUUUUUAUUAAAAAUCAGCGAUGUAAGAAUUAGAAUAUAGUAUAAGAAUCAGUACGAGAUACAUUGUAUAACGUAAAAUAAUAUCAAAAUAUAUAUUUUUCACUUUUUGACUAGCUGGUUUCAAAAUCGGCGUUAUUCUGAAACGACGCAAAUCUAGGGUUACCGUGAUGAAUGCCGUAUCAUAUCGUGUUUCAUUGAACAUAAGUUGGACAAUGCUGCUUUAAUGUGUGCUUUCAAAUGACAGUUUCUUUGCUAUAUGCUUUCUGCCCAGAAUGCACAAGCUCAUUCUUAGAAUCUUUAUAAUAGUGGCAUCAUGUGUAAGGCAAGAUCACCAGAAUUAACAACCUCUUCAUAAUACAGGCAAGUGCUGUAAUUUUUUGUUUUUAAUGCCUAAAACUUUGCCUGAUCACAUAAUAUUUGAUAAUCUGUAAAAUAUAAAUUCAGGUUCCAUUUUAAUAAAAAUUCCUGUUAUCAGCAGUCGUCAUUCUAAAAGCUAUUUCCAAUAUUUUGGCAGAGAGUAUAGUUGAAUGUACAUGGAUAAAUUUUCCGAAUGCUUUCAGGUGCACAGAUGAGGUAUAUACAAGAAAGCAUCCCAUAAUGGAUCACAGGGUAGUUUGCUGUAUGCUCUAAAUUCAAACUUAUAUGAGCUAAUAAUUCUAGUCUUGUGGUGUAUGCAGCCAUAGUAUCUGCUCAUCUUACCAAGAAAUUGUCUCCAUAGCUGAUUUGUUAAGGAAAGCACAGAGAAUGUGAGAUGCAGUUUACUCCAAGCUGAAAGACAAACAGCUAUAGUGCAACUGUCAGUUCCCGGCUUCUGGCCUGAACUGCAUGACUCACCACCACCCGGCGCUAACAGCGACUGCCGCUAAAAUUAUUCACACAACAGAGCAGCUGUGUAAUAUCGUGUCUAAGUGCUGAUGGAAAGACAUCAGAUAAUAUAUCGAUCGUAUAUCAUCAGAGCUCAACACCAGGGUGAAGUCUAAGAAGAACGAGAACGUUUUGCUCAUCGUUUUGGGAAGAGGGGGAUGAUUCGGAAAGUAGCAGCUGCAGUUUGCCAACGGUGUAACCCAGAGAUGAACUGAAAAUAAUUACGUGACCUCAAGCCAUCUUUCUGUGGACUAAACUAAAAGUUACUGGACUACAUUUAUGUUAUUUUAUAGAAUGUCAUAACGAAAGUUUAUCCUGUUGGAUAAAUUGUGGAAGCUGCCAGUGGUGAAAACCUUUGUGUGAUUGCAACAGCGAGGUCCUUGAAGCUGUGAGCUUCCUUGGCCAUUUUUAUAAAUGCACAGAUAAAACAACUUAAAUUAACCCGGCAUAGAUUGGGAUCGUUCUUUCAUGGCAGGGACUGUGUCUUUGCAGGAAUUUCACCGUUGUAUAACACAGCUUCUAACAAUAUCUGAUAGAUUGGCUGAUGGAUGGACAAUUCUUAACAAGGAAACCCCAGAAAAAACAUAUUUAAUGAAGAAAAUAAUUGUCCCUGAUACAGAUAAUAAACUAGAUGUUGACGCAACAGUUCUGCCCUUGGAGGAACAUCUAGACGACGUUUUGAAAGACGAAAAUGCGAUUGCUGAACAAAAAAUUGGAACGCUCACAUGGGAGUACCACGUGUUGUAUAGUCAUAGUUAUUCUGUACCGACGCUGUAUUUCAACGCGUGGACAAUUGACGGACGGCUGUUGAGUCUGGAGGACAUGUGGCGCCACGUGAACGCAAAAUUCCAAGAUAUUAUGAAGGAGGACGGAUGGAGCGUUCUCACUCAACAGGAACAUCCUGUGCUGAGGAGGCCGUUCUACCUGUUACACCCUUGUCGUACUGCCGAGUUCCUGGAUUGUUUUCAAGGCAAGAGUUCCAACAUUGUGAUAACGUGGCUAAGCUCAGUGGGUCCUGUAGUUGGACUGACACUUUCCGCCCAGUAUGGGCAAACUGUAUCAACUGAAUGAACAUGUUCAUAGUGCAGGGAAGACUUAUUUCGUAAGUUUAUAUGUAAUUGAAAUAAUAAAUGAGAUAUUAUUAAAACAGAGAGUUUGUUACAUCCUAGGGAGCUUAGGUUGGUUAAGUUUCUAAAUAUUUUAUUAGAACCAAUGUUGUGCCAGUAAAGUUAGUAGGACUAACUAACUAACUAACUAGAUGGCUGACGGAACCCGAAGGUUCAUCACCGAAUUAACCAAACCGUUCCACCGGACCCUGUCCUGGGCCAACAAAAUCCAGUCUCCUUCAACUCCUAUCUCCCAUACAUCCCGCCUGACAUUUUCCUCUCACCUACGUCUAGGUCUCCCCAGCGGUCUUCCCGACCAAUACCUGGUGAACACAUCUUGCCCCAUCCAUGCGCCCUAUAUGCCCCGCCAAAACUUAGUAGGGCAGAAUCGAAAAUUACCUUGCGUUCACACAAUGUGGAAUUGGAGGACGAAACAGGAGUUCAAAACAAGGAAAUAAGUUUUUUAAAAUUUGUGAAAGUUUAAAGAACAAUACGUAAAGGAAGGAAACACAACCAUCUUGUCUACAACGAGCUUAGCAGACAUACUCAGCCAACCCCUAAUAUUGUAAAGCUAAAUGUAUACGAGAAUUUGAUAUUUUGCGCAAACUGGCACUUAGUCAGAAAGGCUUAAUUUUCUUUAAGUAUCUAGUAAGGACAUGCGUUCAACAUGCCAAAAAUAUUAUAAGAAAUAGUAAUUUAGUGGGUUUGACAUUCACCGAGCUUCAGAAUAUCACUGAAGUGAAUAGGACGGCGACUUAAUGUAGCGUGCUUUAUUGGUUGAUAAUAGGCUUACAAAAUGUGUACACACAUAAAUUGGCUUAACGUACAAAAUCUAAGUUCAUGUUCGCUCACCUCGGAUAUUUAAAUCAAGGUAUUGGAUUACGGGUGCAUAAAACAAACACAGCUAUUUCUGAAAUUACACCAGAAUUAGCCAGGACUAACCGAGAAUUAUCGGGUCAUAUGUACUCCAUACAAGGUCCUAUCUCUCUUAUACCCUUGAUACCAGCGUAAGAUAAGAUAAAAGGUAAAUAUAUUUUACACUCUGUUAUGGUUAUUGGUAAUUAUAUUAUGUUCGCAUAUGUAAGGAGGGAAUUUUUAUUGUUUGUAAUAUCAAUGUUUACCUCCUUCCAGUCCGUAUUAUAUGCAUGAUGCGCAGUUAAGGGAAGUCAAAAUCACGAUCAAAGGACAGGAGGUCGAACCUCGUCCUCGACUAUACUUGGUGGUACUCCCAAGUAUUGUAUUUGUGCUACGACCUGUUCUGCAUCUUUGGCUUGUACCUAUGAAAGAUCUAUGGAAUGUAAAUAAAUUCUAUUCUAUUCUAUUCAGUA